AUGACGGCACCAGAGGUCAAGCUCCUGACUCUCCUCAACGUCAGCGCUAUCAAGCGCCCACGUACUCUCGACCAGCCGGGCGGCUUCCGCUCUCCGUCGGCGUCGCGGGCACAGAGCACGAGCGGCGACGGCGACGACUCCAUGCCCGUCAAGCGUCGGCGCAGCGUUGUCUGGGGCGGCGAGAUUGGUCCCAGCGGAACCACGUACGGCAAGGGCAAGGGCAAGGGCAAGGCAGACAAGAGCGACAAGAGCAAGGUCUCUGCCGUCGCUGUCGAUGAGGAGAGCGGAGAGGACGACUCGGCAGAUGAAGCUGGCGAGGAGCGCGAUGGCGAUGACAGUGAGGACGAGGAGACCACCGAGGACACUUUCAACACCCACUUUGGUGCCGAGCCCCGCGGCCUCGAGCAGGCCGUCAAGACCGACGAGUGGACCACGUCCAGGAGGACCCUCAAGGGACUGGGACGGAUUGUGGAGCAGGUGCCAGCUGGCCUCGAAGUGUCUGACGGCAAGGCUCGCCUCGUCCCCGCUAUUGCUACCGCUGUGAAGGAGCGCGCGGCUACUGCCCCCCUCGUCCCGACCUUUGUCUCCCAGCUGGGAUCCUACGCCGACCUGUACGCACACUCGCUCGACGGCCAGGCCGAUGGCCGCGAGACUGCGGCCUUUGCUCCUACCGCUACCCGUGAGGCCCUGCGCGCCGCUACCGCCGCCCACGCUGUCAACCACGUCCUCAAGACGCGCAGGCGUAUUGUGCGCAACAAUGAGCGUCUCGCACACGCCGCCGACGCAGGCAACGACAUCGAGUCGCCCCGCGACCAGUCGUUCACCCGUCCCAAGGUCCUCUUCCUCCUCCCCACGCGUGCCAGCGCCCUCCACUGGCUGCGCGAGCACGUCUUCCCGCUUGCCGGCGCCGGAACGCAGAUUGAGAACCGCCGUCCAUUCGAGGCGUCGUUUGGUCUUCCUCAGGACGAGGUCGACCCGCUUGAGAAGAACGAGAACGGCCUCCCUAUCGACCACCUCGAGAACUUCCGCGGCAACACGGACGACAACUUCCGCUUUGGUGUCAAGAUCACCCGCAAGGCGUGGCGUGUCGUCAUGCCGCCCGUAAACGAGGCCAAGCUCAUGGACUGUGACUUCCUCGUUGCCUCGCCCCUGGCUAUCAAGAUGGCUGCCGACAAGGAGGACUCGACCGACGUGCUUGCGUCGAUCGAGAUCUUUGUCGUGGACGGCAUGGACGUCAUGGAGAUGCAGAACUGGGACCACGUCCAGUACGUCAUCUCGCACAUGAACGAGAUCCCCAAGUCGCCCCACGGCUGUGACUUUUCGCGCGUCAAGCCAUGGUACCUCGAGGGCAACGCUGCGCACCUGCGCCAGACGCUCCUGUUCUCGCGGUACGACAUGCCCGAGUCGCGUGCCAUCGCCCGCGGAUGUAAGAACAUGGCCGGCAAGCGCCGCAUCGACGCUGCGGCCAGCGGCUCCCUCCCUGGUGUGCUCGAAAAGGUCCGCCCGGGCGUCAGGCAGGUGUUUGAGCGUAUCGACGUCGACGUGCCCAAGGGCAAGGGCGGCAUGUCUGGUGAGGCCGCUGCCGAAGAGGCCGAUGCGCGCCUUGAGUGGUUUACGAAAAAGACCAUUCCCCAGCUCCUCCGUUCGGCCGUGAGCAGGCAACAGACCCUCGUCGUCGUGCCGUCCUAUUUCGACUUUGUCCGCGUGACAAACUACCUGCGUAAAUCCGACUCGGUGUCGUAUGCCGCCAUCUCCGAGUACUCUAGCAACAGCGAGAUCUCGCGCGCCCGUACCUUGUUCUUCAAGGGCAAAAAGGCCUUCCUCAUCGUCACCGAGCGCUUCCACUUUUACCGCAGGUACCGUCUGCGUGGUGCCAAGACGGUCGUCUUCUACCAGCUGCCCUCGCACGCGAGCUUCUACGCCGAGCUGCUCGCCACGCCCUUUAUCCCCAACCGCGAGGCCGAGGCUGCGGGCUUUGACGAGGCGGUCGACCCGUCUGAGAUUAGCAGCCGUGUGCUCCUGAGCCGCUUUGAUGUGCUGCGCCUCGAGCGUGUCGUCGGCGUCAACGACGCGCGGAGAAUGCUUGGCAGCGCCGAGGCGAGGUUUGAGUUUAUCUAG